UCCCUCUUGACCCGGAAGUUCUCUGCGCUCCAGUGCUGACACGUAGCAACGGGAGAGGCUGCCGUACAGAGCGGAAGGGGGAGCCCGGUACAUACCGGUCUGAGAGCUAAACCGCAGUGACGGAGCUAACAUCAGACCUGCUGACAUGGCGAACUAUGAUAACCUCAAUACAGACUUCUUCCAAACAAGCUACAGCAUUGACGAUCCUGCUCAGGCAUACAAUUACAAUGCAGGCGGAGGGCAGUACAACAAACAAUAUGGUUAUGAUUACAGCCAACAAGGCGGUUACAUUCCUCCAGAUAUGUUGAACCCACAGCAGCCAUACACAGGACAGAUAUACCAGCCAAGUCCAGCCUUUACUCCUACAGUAACAGAAUCAGUUUACGGAAGUUCAUUUGACGAUGAACCACCUUUACUAGAAGAACUGGGAAUCAAUUUUGACCACAUUUGGCAGAAAACAUUGACAGUGUUACACCCACUGAAGGUAGCAGAUGGCAGUAUUAUGAAUGAGACUGAUUUGACUGGACCAAUGGUCUUUUGUCUUGCUUUUGGAGCCACAUUGCUGUUGGCAGGAAAGAUCCAGUUUGGCUAUGUGUAUGGGAUCAGUGCAAUCGGAUGUUUUGGAAUGUUUUGUCUUCUCAAUUUGAUGAGCAUGACUGGAGUUUCAUUUGGCUGUGUAUCCAGUGUCUUGGGCUACUGUCUUCUCCCUAUGAUUAUCCUGUCCGGCUUUGCUAUUGUAUUUUCAUUGCAAGGAAUUGCGGGUAUACUUCUAGCAUCUCUAAUAAUUGGGUGGUGCAGCUUUUCUGCCUCAAAGAUAUUCAUUUCUGCUUUGGCCAUGGAGGGACAGCAGCUCCUCGUCGCCUAUCCUUGUGCUUUACUUUAUGGAGUGUUUGCCCUUAUUUCUGUUUUUUGAACUGAAUAUUUCAAAAUGACUUUAAAGGGCCAAACUGCAAUCAGUCAUACCAGAAUGGACCAGUGAGUUGUCGCAAACAUACACCGUUUUGUGUACUUCAAGGGGGAUCAAUGGAUGAACAUGUACAGCUUUUGUUCAUAUUUUAUAAUGAACUUUUAAAUACUGGAGGGACUCAAAAAGUCUUUAGCUUUAAUAAAAGCUCAUGUUUAUAAGUUAAAAAGGUGACUUUUUAUGGUUAAAAGUUACAAGCAUGCUGUUACAUUUCACUACAGGGUGGUUCUAUAGUGAGAAUAGCAGCAAUGUUGUCACGAAGUCUCAUACAUUCUACUUUUUAUAGUUAACUAAGGUAAAGUGGAUGCCACAUUGCAUUUGAUCACUAAAACCGUAAAAAGGGGUUUACAUGCCAUGCCAAACAGUGAAUUGUGGGAGUUGACAUUUUUUUUUUCUUCAACUGUCUAAAUUUUGCACCACUUUAAAUGUUUAGUUAAUAAACCACAAUGUUUUCAGAUCACUCUUACAAAAAAGUUCUAGCACAAAUAUUUUCACAAUUUUUUUUUUUUUAUUGUUUUUUGGUAGUUGUAAUUUUAAUUAUUCCAGAAUUCAAACUGUUAAAGAGAACCUGACUUACACAAAAGUAUGGAUGACAAGUUCUCCAUUAGGUAGAUAUAUAAACUGCAAUCUAUACGUUGUGCAAGUUAAAUCACCUGACUGCUUGUCUGCAGUUGACGUCUUCAAACUGCUUAUCUGAAAAAACUUCAUUGUGCGAUAUCACAAGUAAGAUGUGGGAGUAAAUGACUGAAAUAAUGUAUUUUUGGAAUCCCUGGUGUCCAUAUUUGUAUUUUGUUUACACUUCCUUAUGUGUCAAUAGUAGGAAAGUAAAUGCUAAAUUAUAGAAAUAACAUA